CACCCCCCCCCCCUCGUGUCACCUCGUUGUCCUUCCUCCCAUCAUCACAAACAACAAGACCGACACGAUGCGCCGCCCACCACCGCCCUCGCCCUUCCUAUUCACCCUCACCCUCGCCCUCCUCUUCCUCCUCGUCCUCCCCUUACAGGCGCUGGCCCAGCUGUCCACGACAAACUUUACAAUCUCGGACGCCUCGCCCAUGCUCCAAUGGGAUCCGCCCGUCCUCUCAGUCGCGCAGGCCCAAACCGUGGUCUGGAACCCCUUCCCCCCGCCCCAAUGCAUGAGCCAGUUUGGCUGUCACAACUCGAGCACCCCGGGAUCGAGCGUCAGCCUCACCUUCACCGGCACUGGCGUGUGGUUCCGCGUCUCGGGCCCUGGCCAGAUUACGAUCCAGGUCGAGUCUCACACGCGGACCGUCACUGUGCCGGGUGGCGAUAGCACGUUUGGCAUCUGGGACCUCGGAUACCAGGGGCACACGGCCAAGCUGAGCGUCGUCUCGGGCACCAUCUCCGUCGUCCAAGCCAUUAUCGAGACAGCCGUGGGUGGACCCGGAGCCUCGUCCCUCUUGUCGCAGUCGAAAGCGGUCAAUGAAGACGGAACUUUCAAUACGGCCUUUAAGCUCACGCUCGCCCCCGAUAAGGCCUGGUUCCCCAACACGCCGUGGCCUUGCGCGCCCAACACCAACUGUACAACGUUUUGCUCGACGGGCGCUGCGGGCGGUGCCUGCACCCACUCUGGUGCGGUACUGUCAACAAACACGUCUGGGGCGACACUCCAGUUCACAUCUCCGAAGAACACAUCGCUCAUCAGCAUCAUUGGCAGCGCUGGCAGCCUUAUCGGGCAGUUUAACGUGCAGGUCUCCCCACCGCCGUUCUUUGGCCCAAACCAGUGGGACAACCUCAACCCAUGGAGCAUCACCUUUGGUGUCAUGGUCGACAAUGUCCUCUGGUUUGUUGACGUUGACCCGACAGUCGAGUACACUGUCGACGUGACGUUUGUCGGCGGGUUAGCCGGCCAGCACUGGGACUUUUGGGGAGCCCAGUUCCUACUCAGCUCUGGUGGAACAGGUGCACUGCCCACAAACACGAUCAUCACGUCGUCUACGUCGAGUGCGUCAACACGUGGCACAAGCGGUUCUGAUACAGCGACAGCGGGUAGCCCCGGAGACCCGAACAACACUGCGACGUCGUCCGGCGGGAAGAGUGGGAACAGUGUCCCAGUUGCGGCAGUGGCAGGUGGUGUGGCCGGCGGUGUCGUCGUCAUCAUCAUCCUAGUCAUUCUCAUCUUGCGUGUGAGGAAGCGCGAGAAGGCCGCCCGUACUCUGCUCGCGCACUUCACCGUCGACAACUCGCCUCCAGAGCCGUCUCCUCGCGAGGAUGGUCCCGAACCCAUGAUGCAGGUCCGCCGGAACAACUCGUCUGGCAUCGACCUGCUCUCAAACCACGGCCGCAACCGCAGCUCGGUCGACACGCUGGCCCUGUCGCCCAACCUCGCACCACUUACCAUCAACGCGAGUGGCACCGACGCGGUCAUCACCCCGCUCGUCCUGUCCGGUGUGCGCACCGGCACCGACCUCCCCAUCAAGCGCAACCGCUCGUCCAAGGCCGAUAUGGCCAACCUCCGCUGGUCGGCAGGCACGUCAAUGACCUUUGAGUCGGAAGACGCGGGCGGCGCUGGACGUCCGCCUUCGGAGAGGGGGGCUGCUGCGUCGCCCCGUUCGAGCAUGGUCGAGUCGACGUCGAUGCCCCCGACCGUUACCGGCCCAAGGCAGAGCGUCCAGGUUGUUCAGCAGGACGAGAGCAAGCAGCCGAGACACCAGACGGCGCGGGUGGUGGACCCAGACGAGUACGAGCAGGAGCAGGACGCUGGACCUGUCGGUGGACGCCGUGCCGUGCCACCACGAUACGACCCGUCGUGGGCUUCGGACCUCGAGUACGGCGGUCUUGCCAUGUCGCCGCUGCGCACGGCCGCCGACCCGAGCAACGGCCCACUCCGCGCGCACAACCCAGACGAAUCCUCAACCGGGCCAGCGUCGUCGGCCUAAGCGACGAGAAGCAGGGAGGGCGGCGGCGACAACACAGCAGGCUGGUGAACACCACCGAGCCCACCCAGACCCAACAUGGCGAUACCCAAAACACGGCACGAACAAGAACACCGAGACAAUGGACACUUUCCGGUUCGACCACAACAAGAGACAACACGUGUGACGAUUGCAUAGCACAUUGUAGAUAGCGCUGUAGAAUA